AUGAAGUUUCAAGGCGAGGUUAUAUUAAUAUUGAUUUGUGCCGUCGUCGUAUUUUUCAAUUCCAUUUUCCUCUUCAGAUCAAAUGAUUACCCCUGUAAAGAACCCGAGAAGUACACGGCUCUUGGCAACCCUCAUCAGUUAUUAAACAAUAAGAGAGGACCACGAAUACUUGUUGGCAUUUCAGCAGCAAACUUUCAGAAGGAUACACAGACGUUCCACGAUGCUGUUCGUAAAUUUCAUCAACGAUUUUCAUCUGAGCCUUCCGCUAGGAAUAGCAACAAGGAGUGGUGUUCGUUGUAUGAUGUGAUGAUAGCAGGCGAAACAUUCGAUUCCGAUUCCCAUUGCCAUUGUACCCUGGUUUACACCUUCUUGGUUCCCACUCAUUCCGGAGCAUCCAAGCCAACAAAUCAAAUCAGCAUCAACCAAAUCGAAGUCGCAAACACAUUAUACUUGGAAACUACAGAUGUCAGUCUGAUGGAAAAAUGGAUGGAAUGGGCGUCUGGGAUACAAGUAGGGAAAUUCGACUAUGUUGGGUUUUCUUCAUUGGAAUCGCUUGACGAAGAAAGCAUUGUUUGGUUGAAAGAAGAGGUUUUGAAGAAAAAUCAGGAUUCCACGAUUGCUGCAACGAAAGCAAGUAAUCAACAAGAUUGCAUAUCCAAUCACUGCAUGGAAUUCGGCUUUCUUUGCUUCUCAAUGGAUUUAGUUGAAAUCUUGAAGGUACGAUCCUUUAGCCCAGCAACAAGAAAUGCUGAACUGUCGGGAAUUUCAAGGCUGUUCAGGUCGCUUACUGAGGGUCGGAGUCAAUUGAUGUCAACACAGGACUUCAAGAUCAAGUCACCGUCAAAGGAAACUGAAAUGUCGCUGUCAAAACUCUUCAAAAUCCAGGAAGUGAGUGACACGCAGCUGGAUCUUCCAGUCAAGACUUCGAGGCUUGCUCCUGGUUUGUCACCUGUUACAGCGAUCUUUAUGAAUGGUUACCUUCAUGACCCAUCCUAUCUCUGGGCAUUCUCAUUUCCGCGAGUCCUCUUGAAGCACAUGUCAAUACACAGCAGCAAUACCUCACGUCUCAGGAUUUUGGGACACGAAGCUCGCACAGAAAAGCUUUGGAGAAUAAACCCUCUUUUGAAUGAUGAUUCAACCGACAACACUACAGAUCUUGUCGAGGUUUUGGAGGGGGGGAAAGAAGUACAAAACCAGAUGGAUAUUAUUUUUGCUCGUAACAUUGCAAUCCCAGGACUGGUCCUCAACCAUCCUGAUUUAUUUGAAUUCUGCGAGUAUCAUCGGAAGCCAAGAAAGCACCGAAAUCGCAAAUUGCCCAAGACGACAAACCAUAGCACCUGUCCAGUGAUAGUUUCGUUUCCGAUCGGAACCAAGCCUUGUGACCACUGUAGCCCUGAGUGGCAUCUGGAAAUUCCCGACGACCAGCAUGUGAAAACGCUGUCAAAUUCACAUUGGGAAAGCAUCUCUCUCAUUCAAAAGCAUCUUCCAGCAACAGGUGUCGUCCCGGUCGAGCUGCCAAAUGAGCUUCUUUCACUCUUUGACCCCUCCAGAUGGAAGUUCAUCACAUCGAAGGGCUGUACAGUUGCAUAUGUUUCCCGGUGGAACGAGCGCAAGGGGCAGAAUCGCAUGACAAAGGAGUUUCUUGAGUAUUCAAAAGCGGGGCUCUUGAAUAACAUAUCAUCAACAACGAUUUGUUUUGCAGGAACUGCUGAAGGAUAUGAAAAACAGAAGGAAGGAAUAAUUCGUCAGCUGAAUGCAAAAUUCGAAACAAUAAGGGCAGUUGACUUGGGAUUUUUGUCCUUUGCGGAACAGAUUCUAGUCUUUCGGCUUGCGGGGAAAAGCAUGCUUUGGACUGACUACGACCAAUCGCCAAGAAUAGCUUCGCUGUCAUUGGCUUCUGGGGCACGCGUGUUGACUACUGAACUUGCGCAAGUACCAAGCCCGAUCGUCGAUGAUGAUUGCAUGGUAACAGUAUUGCAUCUGUUUGAUAACCACACCAAUUCACUGGAAGGGCGAGCGUCGAUUGUGACGGAUUUUCUGUCCAAAGAAGAGAGAUGCGUGAAGGAAAACGAGACAUUGACGAGAGCGUAUCCUAUUCUACAAGAAGACUCGUUUUAUGGCCCGAUCAUAGAACGGGCGAUGUCCAUGUGGACUCAACUAAACGCGAAUAAGGAGCGUCACUGUAUCAAGUUAUUCUCACAUGUGUGCGAACUUUUUGGGAUGCUUCGGAAAGUGAAGAAAGAGGGAAAUUGUAGCGCGAGUUGA